CCAUUACCCGCACUGUUAACUACUGCAUUAUCAACAUCCCGCCAUGAGUUUGUCGAACCGGGUCAUGAACAUGAAGUUCAUGAGAAGUGCUGACGACAAGAAGAAUGAAGUGGACGUCGAAGAAUCCAAGAGAAAGGUCCUAGAUUCGUCGGCCUGGGCCCUUGAAGACUCCUCCUACUUGUUCACCAAGAAACCCGUACCAGUACAAUCAGUUGGAUACGGUAGCAUCAGUGCAUUCGACGAUGACUCGGAAGAAGAGCUCGCAGCUGUCCCCGUUGCCACAAAACGAACAUGGGGAUCACAAACACAAGACCACGAUCAAGAAACACUUGAUGAAUUCUCAAGCAUCAAACCCACCCGUGCAAAGUCACGGACCAGUAAACAAAAGAAAGAAGAUGUUUCCACUGAGAAGGACAAGCCAGAGAUUACCUCGCUUCAAAACCUUAACGCUGAAGCUCUCAAUAACGUUGAUGCUAAUGACUUUAUAAACAGCAUUUUCAAACCCAAACCCAAAGAACCCAAAGAUCAGAAAGACCAGUCCAGGAAACGGGCCGGUGAACCAACACAUUCCAAAUUGAACAAGAGGAAACGAACGCAAAAGAAGUAGUUCACUUCUUCUUCUUACUCUUCUUUUGUUCCUUCCCUGUAUUAGUAGCUCCAAACCCUCCUUUCACUAUUGCAUCUCUAGCAGCAGAGUUUAUAUGCUUGAACCUAUCAGGUCCGAUAUGUGUUCCUCCAAACCAUCUGCUCACCACCACCACCACAUUCCAAAGGUCCAUCAUCGUUAGUAGAUGAAGAAUCCUACUUCCUGCAGCACUCUCUCCAUCAUCGUCACAGUCCUGGUACUGUACACCCCCCUCUCCCUUAAUUCGCCAUGCAGUCAUGUUGUGUGAAGCUUUUGAAAUCUUUUUCUCGGUCACUAGUAGGUCUAUAGCGGUUUCUGCUUCUUCGAGAGAAUGGACCUCUUUGGCAAAUCCAAUAAAAGUAGAUCCCCGGUCCACCACAGCAUCAGACUGGACCCAGCCUUCAAGAGGAUCAGCCUGAGGUUCGUAAUGGUGUUCAAUCUCCGCAACUUCAGGUUCUUCCAGUUCUUCUUUAAUAUUGAGCAUUUUGGCCUGGUCUUCAAGCUCUGUAAUUCUGUCAUUGUACGACUCCAAAAACACUUCAAGCUCCGAUAACAACUCUAUUACCACCACACAUCCCGGUGAAAAAAGAGCCUCGAGUUUGGACUUCACAGCUCUCUCCAAAUAUGCUUCGUCACUAUAUUUUACUUGAUCGUGAACAAUGACUUGCACUAGGCUGGGGAUCUCAUCGGGAUACGAUUCGGGAAAGCUCACCUGGAUUUCUAGAUCACUAUGCAGAGGAACCAUGAAUGUAUAGAUUUGAGGAGCCACUUCCGUAGUACAAUCAGGGAAUAUGGCAUCGGUAGCACAUAUUUCAUCUUGUAGCUCUUCUACAGUCAUAAAUCUAUA